GCUACAGCAGCAAGCAGUCUGCACUCAAAAUCUCAAUCUACCCUCAUUUUUAAGCCUCAAAGGCGAUUUGCAUGGCUUUAACCAAGGCAAGACUAGGCUCUCCAUCCUCUUUGUCUCUGCGAUUCUUCAAAUUUUACUCUUCUUCACCGCUAACCCCAAUACAAGAAGUUGAAGCCGGCGAUGCUGAUACGAUUGAAAAGCCCCGAAGCUCUGCCAUUUCACCCGAAGCAACCCUUGUUGCCGAACAAUUCCGUUCCUUAAUCAAAGAGCACCACCGCAAAAACCCUAACCCAGAUUCAAACUCGACCCCAACGGCCCCAAACUUCAUCAUCCCUUCUCUAUCCCUCGACUUCUCCAAAAUCUCAACUGUCCAUCCUAUCUCCCCUUCCGUCGUACGCUACGUCAUCGACAGAUGCGGUGGGGUUCGCCAUGGCAUACCUUUCCUCCAAACACUGUCUUUCUUUAAUUGGGCCACCACUCGAUCCGAUUUUGUUCAAUCUCCCGACCCGUACAACGAAAUGAUCGACCUUGCCGGAAAAUUGAGGCAUUUCGGCUUGGCUUGGCAUUUCAUCGAUCAGAUGAAAGGCAAAAGCGUCGACGUCUCGCUUGAAACCUUCUCGAUUCUAAUCAGGCGUUACGUGAAGGCCGGGUUGGCUGCCGAGGCUGUGCACGCGUUUAAUCGCAUGGAGGAUUACGGGUGCUGUCCUGAUAAGAUCGCGUUUUCUGUUUUGAUUAGUAUUUUAUGCAGAAAAAGAAGGGCUGAUGAAGCUCAAACUUUUUUCGAUAAAUUGAAGGACAAGUUUGAACCUGAUGUGAUUAUGUACACCAGCUUGCUGAACGGUUGGUGUCGGGCGCGUAAUAUUUCAGAGGCCGAAAGGGUAUUUAAAGAAAUGAAAAUGGCAGGGAUUAAGCCUGAUGUGUAUAGCUAUACUAUUGUGAUUGACGCAUUGUGUAGAUGUGGCCAAAUUACUCGUGCUUAUGAUGUUUUUGCUGAGAUGCUUGAUAUAGGUUGUGAGCCAAAUGCGAUUACUUUUAAUAAUUUGAUGAGGGUUCAUGUCAAGGCCGGUCGCACCGAGAAGGUUUUGCAGGUUUAUAAUCAGAUGAAAAGACUUGGUUGUGCUGCUGAUACGGUAACUUACAAUUUUCUUAUAGAGAGUCAUUGUAGGGAUGAUAAUCUUGAUGAGGCUAUUAAAGUGCUUAAUCUGAUGCUAAAGAAAGGGUGUACCCUGAAUUUGUCUACUUUCAAUACCAUUUUUAAGUGUAUCGAGAAGUUAAGGGAUGUGAAUGCUGCUCAUCGAAUGUAUACUAAGAUGAAGGAGUUUAAAUGUAUGCCUAAUACAAUUACUUAUAAUGUUUUGAUGCGAAUGUUUGCUGGUGCAAAGUCUACUGAUAUGGUUCUUAAGCUAAAGAAGGAGAUGGAUGAGAAUGAGGUUGAGCCUAAUGUGAAUACCUUUCGGAUUUUGAUCACAAUGUAUUGUGGGAUGGGGCAUUGGAACAAUGCUUACAAGCUGUUUAAAGAGAUGAUCGAGGAUAAAUGCUUGAAACCAAGUAUGCCUCUUUAUGAGAUGGUGCUGGAGCAGCUGAGAAAAGCCCAGCAAUUAAAGAAGCAUGAGGAACUAGUGGAGAAGAUGGUUGAUAGGUGCUUUGUAACACGUCCUUUGUAGAAGAAGCUUCUUGCCGUUCUAUAAGUCUAAGGUAAUUUUUUCCAAUUUUUUCAAUUAGUAUGGUCAUAAGUUUGUAGAUUUAGAAGGUGUAGAAUGUACUGUUGUGUCUUCAUCCUUCAGAGUUCAGCUGGUAGCAUACUUAUUUCAACUAGUUUUACUCAAGUAGUCUCUUCUAGAUUAUCAAGUCUCCUUCGAAUUUUGAUUACAUCUUCCAAUUCUA